UCUUCUUCUUCUGGAGCGGUUCCAUCGUGUGGCGAGGCUGGCGACGCCCUCUCACGCCCGACGACCUGUGGGACUUGGUGCCCGAGAACACGACCGCCACUCUCGCCGCUCAAUGGGAAGCUGCCACCAGCACCAAAUCCUCGGCCAAAAAGGAGAAAGACAAACACAGCGAAGUCAAAUUCACCAGCUUGCCCUCAUCGGAGAGCCAGGCGCCCAUCCUGCUCAGCCUCUGGAGGAUGUUUGGCAAGCCGUUCAUCCUCCUGGGGGCGAUCUACCUGCUGGCGGAAGGAUCGCGGUUCGUCACUCCACAGUUCUUGAGCCUCGUUAUAACCUUCAUGGCGGACGAGCAGCAGCCUCCCUGGCACGGCUACCUGUACGCUGUGUCUCUGUUCCUGUCCUGCAUCGUCUCGACUCUCCUCAGGAACAAGUUUUAUUUCAAGAUCACCGUCCUUUCGGUUCGGAUUCGGUCCAUCAUCAUGUCGGCGGUUUACAGGAAGGCCCUCAGUCUCUCCGGGGCGGCGAGGCGGGACUCCACCCUCGGCGAGAUCGUCAACCUGAUGGCGGUGGACGCGCAGUGCAUCGGGGAAACAGCCAUCCUGCUCUGGAGCCUCUUCGGGGCGCCCGCCAUAAUCCUCGCCACCAUGGUCUUCCUGUGGGAGGAGCUGGGCGUGAGUGUGCUGGCCGGGGUCGCUGUCCUCUUCCUGAUCGUGCCUCUGAACAGCUACUUGUCCAACAGAAUGAAGAGUUUGCUGUUCGCUGCUCUCAAGUUCCGCGAUCAGAGAGUCAAGAUGGUGAGCGAGAUCAUCAGCGGGAUAAAGGUCCUGAAGCUCUAUGCCUGGGAGGGCUCUUUUGCCAACAAGGUGAAAGAAGUGAGGAAUGAAGAAAUAAGACUCUUGAAGAAAGUGGCUUUCCUCAAGGCUUUCAACUCAUUCAUCUUUAACAGCUCUCCAUGCAUGGUUGCCCUAGCUUCAUUCACAACCUAUCUGUUGGCUUCCCCAGACAACGUACUAGACGCCAAAAAAGCUUUCGUAGCCAUCUCACUCUUCGAUAUCAUGAGACUCCCCAUUGUCAUGCUGCCCACUACCAUCUCACAGGUUAUUCAGGCAAUGGUAGCUUUGAAACGGGUCCAGAACUUCAUUUCUGCUGAAGAAGUGGACCCGACAGCGGUGACCUGGGAUCGGUCCGAAGCUGCUGCUGUGAUCAUACGCGGAGGUCAGUUCAGCUGGGAAGGCGGCGAGCAGCAAAUUACGUGGAGGCUGGAAGACAUUAACUUAGAGAUCGGCCACAAGAAACUGGUGGCAGUGGUGGGAUCCGUGGGCGCGGGCAAGAGUUCGCUCAUCUCGGCGCUUUUGGGAGAGAUGAAGAAGGUCGAGGGGAAGGUUGUGGUUAAUGGCCGCAUGGCAUAUGUGUCCCAACAGGCAUGGCUCCAGAAUGCGACCUUGAGGGACAACAUCCUGUGGGGUCAGCCCUUCGAUGAAACGAGGUACAAGAAAGUGGUGAAAGCCUGUGCUCUUCAGCCGGACCUGGACAUGUUGCCAGGGGGUGACAUGACGGAGAUAGGGGAAAAGGGCAUCAACCUCAGCGGCGGCCAGAAGCAGCGCGUGUCCUUAGCCCGAGCCGUCUACAGCGACACUGACAUCGUGCUGCUCGACGACCCCCUCAGUGCCGUCGACGCUCACGUGGGACGCUUCAUCUUCGACAACGUUAUUGGGCCUCAGGGCAUUCUGCGAGGGAAGACCCGCCUCCUGGUGACUCAUUCCGUGACCUUCCUGCCGAGCGUGGACGAGGUGGUGGUGAUGAGGGACGGGCGGGUGGUGGAGAGAGGCUCGUACCCUGACCUUGUGGCCAAGCAGGGCGACUUCGCGAACUUUGUCCUUCAGCAUAUCAACGACGCCAACGACGAAGAGGGGGAGGAAGAACUAGAGGAGCUUCGGGAACAGCUGGACGAGGUGCCAGGCGCUCAGUCCCUCCUUCGCCAGCUGUCCAUCAGGUCCAGCGGAACCACGGUCAGCAACCCCGGCAGCACAGCCCCCACCGGCAUCCCCCACAAGAGAGUCCGAAGCGUGAGCGAGUCCUACUCCCGCCACCAAAACCUCGUCCGCAAGUCCAGCUGCUCCUCCUUGAACGUUCGAGGACGAGACAUCGCUGACGUCAUCUCAGACAUCAGCGUCUACAGCCACCUCUUCGACGAGGACGUCAAGACUUCGAAGAACGCCCUCAACGAGAGUAGGACUUCGUUGCACAGCAGUAAGAGCCGGAGGAAGAGUGUGGAGAUGGAGGACCUUCGGAACGUGUCUGAAGGAGGCGAAGCGACGGUCAAGGGGCAGAGGCUGGUGAUGGAGGAGACUUCGGAGACGGGCAAGGUAUCGCGGAAAAUGUACCUGGUGUAUGCGAGUUCAAUGGGCGUCGUCCUUGCCGUCUUACCUGUGAUAUUUGUAGCCCUCGGUCAGGCAAGCAUUGCAGGGAGCAACAUAUGGCUGUCGCAUUGGUCGAGUCCCAACGUCGGUACAGCUUCUCCUCUCAACACCACUUCGACACUCAACACCACGUAUAAUCCCAGCACUGUCUUCAACGCUGCUCUCCCCAACACCACUUCUGUAAACGACACGUAUGGAUAUAACACCACCUCUCUCUUCAACAAGAAUCCAGGCAGCUUGAAUAGCACCUCUGAGGGUACCAGUGUCUCCAGGGGUGUUUUUCUUACCCUUUACGGAGCCUUUGGUAUUGCCCAAGCCUUCUUCUUCCUGUUCCUGGGGAUGCUGUCGCUGAUGCUGGGCUGCCUCCGGUCGUCGCGGGUCCUCCACCAGCGCCUCCUGGACAGCGUGGUGCGUCUGCCCAUGAGCUUCUUCGACACCAACCCCAGCGGGAGGAUCAUCAACCGCUUCAGCAAGGACAUCAACGUCUUGGACAACACCUUCCCUGACAAUCUGAGGAACUUCGUGGGUUGUUUCAUGCAGCAUGACCUACGUGUUUUUAUGUGCAUGAACGCCUGUAUGAAUAUGGGUAUACAUGAAUACAAACGUAAACACGAGGACCCACCCACACUGCCUUGAUCUCCAGGUUGUUGCCACCCUGAUAGUGAUCGUGGCUGC